GCAAACGGUUGUUGUUCCCCUCUUAAGCACUUGGAACUUGGCUUAGAGAAUCUGAGAAACUAUAUAUGGCCAGAGAAAAGUAAAGCAAAGGCACUUGCCGUUUAAGUGAGACGCACACGCAACCAAAACAAUAAAAGAGGCUAAACAUAUAAAAUUGUGUAGUAAAAGUGAAGAAAGCGGAGAAAAAAGCAGCAACAGCAAAAGCAAAAGCCGAGUGAAGCAAAAAGGAAUAAUAAUAGGAAGCGGAUGUGUGGUGUUGUUGUUGUUGUUGUUCUGAUUCUUGUUGCAGAGGAAACAUACGAAACAAAAAAGUGGGGUAAAAAGUAACCAACAAACGUUUGUUGUUUUCUGACUUGGAUUCUAGUGUUUCGUUUCGAUGUGUGUGUGUGUGUCUAUGUGUGUGUGUUGCCAAUGAAAAUGCAAAUUGUUGGUAACAAAUAUUGGUAAAAUGCGGAGGCCAACAAAUUAUUGUGCAAUGCGAGUGCAAAAACAACAAAAAUAACAUAUAUGCAAAAUAAAUAUACACAACGUUAAACUAUGCAGCCAAUCAAUACGAAUACAAAUAAAGACGAUUCGUAAAUCCAAAAAGAUAUAAACAAAAUACAAUAUAAACAAAAGUGCAGUUGCAGUUUUAUAAAAUUUGUUGGUUGUGUAAUGGGAAUAAAUAUGGGAACAAACGGGAUUAACUAAAACACAAAGGACGACGACGACCAGCAUAGACCGCUAGCAUGUCGCAGCCGAGAGGUGGACGCGGCGGUGGGCGUGGCGGAGGCGCUGGCGGCGCUGGUGUUGGCCGGAAAACGCCUUCCUCAUUGACGGGGCCACCCGAUGAUUCGGCCACGGGCAGCGAACGCGCGACGCCCGCGAGCAAAGCCGACUCGGAUCCCAAGGAUGAUAGCUCGAGUAAUGGCGACAAAAAGGAUACCGAUAGCUUUCCGGCCCCGAAGCCACCAAGUGCGGGCGCCUCCAUACGCGAUACGGCCAACAAGGUGCUGGGAUUGGCCAUGAAGAGCGAAUGGACGCCGAUUGAAGCGGAGCUAAAGAAACUUGAGAAAUAUGUGGCGAAUGUUGGCGAGGAUGGCAAUCAUAUACCACUGGCCGGAGUUCAUGAUAUGAACACUGGCAUGACGCCGCUGAUGUAUGCGACGAAGGACAAUAAGACGGCGAUAAUGGAUCGCAUGAUAGAGUUGGGUGCCGAUGUUGGAGCACGAAAUAAUGAUAAUUACAACGUGCUGCAUAUUGCGGCAAUGUAUUCGCGUGAGGAUGUCGUCAAAUUGUUGCUAACAAAACGCGGCGUUGAUCCCUUCUCCACCGGCGGCUCGCGUUCACAAACUGCGGUUCAUUUGGUGUCCAGUCGUCAAACGGGCACUGCAACAAAUAUCCUGCGAGCUCUCUUAGCGGCUGCUGGCAAGGAUAUACGCUUAAAGGCAGACGGCCGUGGCAAAAUCCCAUUGCUGCUGUCUGUCGAGUCGGGCAAUCAGUCGAUGUGCAGAGAGCUGCUGGCUGCACAAACGGCGGACCAACUAAAGGCAACGACGGCCAAUGGAGACACGGCCUUGCAUUUGGCCGCCAGACGGCGAGAUGUGGACAUGGUGCGCAUACUCGUCGACUACGGCACCAAUGUGGACACCCAGAACGGCGAAGGGCAGACGCCGUUGCACAUUGCCGCCGCCGAGGGCGAUGAGGCGCUGCUUAAGUAUUUUUAUGGUGUGCGCGCCUCGGCCUCCAUAGCGGACAAUCAAGAUCGCACUCCCAUGCAUUUGGCUGCGGAGAAUGGACAUGCCCAUGUUAUUGAGAUACUGGCGGACAAAUUCAAGGCGAGCAUCUUCGAGCGCACCAAGGAUGGCAGCACACUGAUGCACAUUGCAUCACUCAAUGGCCAUGCUGAGUGCGCCACGAUGCUCUUCAAGAAGGGCGUUUAUCUCCAUAUGCCCAACAAGGAUGGCGCUCGCAGCAUACACACUGCCGCCGCAUACGGUCACACUGGCAUCAUAAACACGCUGCUGCAAAAGGGCGAGAAAGUGGAUGUGACCACAAACGACAACUUUACGGCUCUGCAUAUUGCUGUGGAGUCAGCGAAGCCAGCUGUGGUCGAAACGCUGCUUGGAUUUGGCGCCGAUGUUCAUGUGCGCGGUGGCAAGUUACGGGAGACGCCACUGCACAUUGCUGCCCGUGUCAAGGAUGGCGAUCGUUGCGCCCUCAUGCUGCUUAAGUCGGGUGCUAGUCCGAAUCUUACUACCGAUGACUGCCUCACGCCGGUGCAUGUGGCAGCACGUCACGGCAACCUGGCGACGAUGAUGCAACUGCUCGAGGAUGGCGGCGAUCCGCUCUACAAGUCGAAUACUGGCGAGACGCCGCUGCACAUGGCGUGCAGAUCUUGCCACCCGGAGAUUGUGCGUCAUCUCAUCGAGACGGUGAAGGAGAAGCACGGCCAGGAGAAGGCCACCACGUACAUCAACUCUGUGAACGAUGAUGGCGCCACGGCGCUGCAUUACACUUGCCAAAUUACCAAGGAGGAGGUGAAAAUACCCGAAUCCGAUAAGCAAAUCGUGCGCAUGCUGCUUGAGAAUGGCGCCGAUGUGACGCUGCAGACGAAGAACGCAUUGGAGACGGCGUUUCACUAUUGCGCCGUCGCCGGCAACAACGAUGUGCUGAUGGAGAUGAUAUCGCACAUGAAUCCCACGGACAUACAGAAGGCAAUGAAUCGUCAAUCAUCGGUGGGCUGGACACCGCUGUUGAUUGCCUGUCAUCGCGGUCACAUGGAGCUGGUCAACAAUCUGUUAGCGAAUCAUGCCAGGGUCGAUGUCUUCGAUACCGAGGGCAGAUCCGCAUUGCAUUUGGCUGCGGAGCGCGGUUAUUUGCAUGUCUGUGAUGCGCUGCUAACAAACAAAGCGUUCAUCAAUUCCAAGUCCCGUGUGGGACGCACCGCACUCCAUUUGGCGGCCAUGAACGGAUUCACGCAUCUGGUGAAGUUUCUCAUCAAGGAUCACAAUGCAGUGAUCGAUAUCCUGACGCUGCGCAAACAGACGCCGCUGCAUUUGGCGGCGGCCAGCGGGCAGAUGGAAGUAUGCCAGCUGCUGCUGGAGCUGGGCGCCAAUAUUGAUGCGACGGAUGAUUUGGGCCAGAAGCCCAUCCAUGUCGCUGCCCAGAACAACUACUCUGAAGUGGCCAAAUUGUUUCUGCAGCAGCAUCCAUCGCUGGUGAAUGCGACCAGCAAGGAUGGCAACACUUGUGCCCAUAUUGCUGCCAUGCAGGGAUCCGUCAAGGUGAUCGAGGAGCUCAUGAAGUUCGAUCGAUCCGGCGUGAUAUCGGCUAGAAAUAAACUGACCGAUGCCACGCCCCUACAACUGGCAGCCGAGGGCGGACAUGCCGAUGUUGUCAAGGCUCUCGUACGCGCCGGCGCCUCCUGCACCGAGGAGAACAAGGCGGGCUUCACCGCCGUCCAUUUGGCUGCCCAGAAUGGACACGGUCAGGUGUUGGAUGUGCUUAAGAGCACGAAUUCGCUGCGCAUCAACAGCAAGAAACUGGGAUUAACGCCGCUUCACGUGGCCGCCUACUACGGACAGGCGGACACUGUGCGAGAGCUGCUUACGAGCGUGCCGGCAACGGUCAAGUCAGAGACGCCCACGGGGCAGAGUCUGUUCGGUGAGCUGGGCACUGAGUCGGGCAUGACGCCGCUGCAUUUGGCCGCCUUCUCCGGCAACGAGAAUGUGGUGCGCUUGCUCCUCAAUUCGGCGGGUGUGCAAGUCGAUGCAGCGACCGUGGAGAACGGUUACAAUCCGCUCCAUUUGGCUUGCUUCGGUGGACACAUGUCAGUGGUUGGUUUGCUUCUGAGUCGGUCGGCGGAACUCCUGCAAUCCACGGAUCGCAAUGGUCGCACCGGACUGCAUAUCGCAGCGAUGCACGGCCAUUUCCAGAUGGUGGAGAUACUGCUCGGCCAGGGCGCUGAGAUAAAUGCAACCGAUCGCAACGGUUGGACGCCACUGCAUUGUGCUGCCAAAGCCGGCCACUUGGAUGUGGUUAAGCUGCUGUGCGAGGCGGGCGCCUCACCGAAAUCCGAGACGAAUUAUGGCUGUGCGGCCAUUUGGUUUGCCGCCUCCGAGGGUCACAACGAGGUGCUGCGGUAUCUGAUGAACAAGGAACACGAUACGUACGGUUUGAUGGAGGACAAGCGUUUCGUUUACAAUCUGAUGGUCGUCUCCAAGAAUCACAAUAACAAGCCGAUACAGGAGUUUGUGCUGGUCUCCCCAGCGCCAGUGGAUACAGCUGCCAAAUUGUCCAACAUUUACAUAACCCUCUCGACUAAGGAGAAGGAACGCGCCAAGGACUUGGUGGCAGCUGGCAAACAGUGUGAGGCAAUGGCCACAGAGCUCUUAGCUCUGGCAGCUGGCUCCGAUUCGGCGGGAAAGAUUCUGCAGGCGACCGAUAAGCGAAAUGUGGAAUUUCUCGAUGUGCUGAUCGAGAACGAGCAGAAGGAAGUCAUUGCACAUACAGUAGUUCAACGAUACUUGCAAGAACUGUGGCACGGCUCACUGACGUGGGCAUCGUGGAAGAUCAUGUUGCUGCUGGUUGCGUUUAUCGUUUGUCCGCCUGUAUGGAUUGGCUUCACAUUCCCGAUGGGCCACAAGUUCAACAAGGUGCCCAUCAUCAAGUUCAUGUCCUACCUCACCUCGCACAUUUACCUCAUGACCCAUCUGAGCAUCGUCGGCAUUACGCCCAUCUAUCCGGUGCUGCGUCUCAGCCUGGUCCCCUACUGGUACGAAAUAGGUCUUCUCAUUUGGUUGAGCGGUCUACUUUUGUUCGAGUUGACGAAUCCAUCCGACAAAUCGGGUCUGGGAUCUAUCAAGGUGCUCGUCCUCCUGCUGGGCAUGGCCGGUGUCGGCGUUCAUGUCGUCGCCUUUCUAUUCGUCUCCAAGGAAUAUUAUCCCACACUCGUCUAUUGUCGCAAUCAAUGCUUCGCCUUGGCCUUUCUCUUGGCCUGUGUGCAGAUCCUGGACUUUUUGUCGUUCCAUCAUCUGUUUGGUCCCUGGGCCAUCAUCAUUGGUGAUCUGCUGAAGGAUCUGGCACGGUUUCUGGCCGUGCUCGCCAUCUUCGUGUUUGGCUUCUCCAUGCACAUUGUGGCGUUGAAUCAAUCGUUUAACAACCUAACGCCCGAAGAAAUACGCGGCUUUGAGAAGAAGAAUCGAAAUAAAGGCUACUUUAGUGACGUGCGCAUGCAUCCAAUAAACUCGUUCGAGUUACUCUUCUUCGCCGUGUUUGGCCAGACGACGACGGAGCAAACUCAAGUUGACCGAAUCAAAAAUGAAGUCUCUCAGCCUUAUUGGGUUGAGUAUCUGUUCAAAAUUGUGUUUGGCAUUUACAUGUUGGUCUCGGUGGUUGUACUCAUUAACCUGCUAAUUGCUAUGAUGUCAGACACCUAUCAAAGAAUUCAGGCGCAAUCUGACAUCGAAUGGAAAUUUGGCUUAUCCAAGCUUAUACGCAAUAUGCAUCGCACCACAACAGCGCCAUCGCCGCUUAAUUUAGUUACCACCUGGUUUAUGUGGAUCGUCGAGAAGGUCAAGGCACGCAUGAAGAAAAAGAAGCGUCCAAGUCUGGUACAGAUGAUGGGAAUACGUCAGGCCAGUCCACGCACCAAAGCCGGCGCCAAAUGGCUAUCGAAGAUCAAGAAAGGUGAGCAAUACUCGGUGGCCCUAUCGCAGGUGCAUCUAUCGCCUUUGGGCUCACAGGCCAGCUUCUCGGCGGCAAAUCAAAAUCGCAUCGAGAAUGUCGCCGAUUGGGAGGCAAUUGCCAAGAAGUAUCGCGCUCUGGUUGGAGACGAGGAGGGUGGCUCUCUUAAGGAUUCGGAUGCGGAAAGUGGCUCGCAGGAGGGCAGCGGUGGAGCACAGGCUCCGGCACAGGUGGGAAGAGCGGCCAUGAAGGGCAAUUUAGAACAACUUUUCGAUAAUUAGAGAUUGUUUUAAGAAUUCGCUUUUUUGCAUAUUCGCUUGUACUUUUUACUAAACGUGUUUCGAUUUGCAGGUCUAAAAGAAAUGCUUCAAGAUCAUCCCUCUCUGCUACCACUUCCUCUACUCUUCUACUCUAUCUCAACUUCUCCCCUCUCAAAACUCUU